AUGAAGUCGGCCCAAAACUGCAACAACGCAUGUGGACUCCACCUAACCGAAUAUGAUGCUUGUACAAAAGAGACAUUUGCACAUUUAGAGUCUAAAGUUGAAUUCAUUGAACGUUCUCUAAACAGAACAACUCAUCAUGUCUCAUUUGUGGCGACUGCUUCACGCGAUAUAAAACCAGUCAUUGGAACUUUUAUUUUUGACAAAGUUCUCACCAAUAAGGGAGGAGCCUAUAACGGCAUAACUGGUGUCUUUACCGCCCCCUUAUCCGGAUCAUACUUCUUCGUUGUCACCAUGAGUGUGCCAACCCCAUUCCCCGCAAAUGGCAGAGACUACAUAAGGAUAAAUGUCAUGAAGAACGGCAGAGUAUCCGGUAUCUUGUUUUUUGGAACUCAAGGAGUAUGGAUCAAAAGAUCAGAAAAUACUUUACUGGAGCUUUCAAGGGGAGACAAAGUAAAUCUGAACGUCAGAACGACAGGAACUGGAUUUCCCUACAUUGCUGGAAACUAUUAUUACUCUCACUUCUCCGGAUUUUUAAUUAAUUGA